UCAGAGCAUCCCGCCUCUCUGAUAUAUAAACUCUCUGCUCUUCAUCCUCCUCUUUAUCAUCAGAGACCAACAACUCAGGUAAGAACACACCUUGACACACGAAUGAUGAAAUACUAAAUGUAUUUGUCACAAACCUACUGCAUUACGAGCAGAGUAACUAUCGUUGUUGAAAGAAUAUUAAUGAGCACGUUAAUCAGUGGAAGAGGAAGAAAAAAGAAAAGGCAGGGGCAGAACCUCACCGCAGCCGUGGAAUACGGAAACUGUGAAUAAAUCACGCAGAACCCGGUUCUGUACUUUUCAAUGAUGUCACCGUUUUAACAAUACAGUAACUUACGCAAAACACAAAGAAGAUAAUAAACACAAUGAGCUAAAUGUGAGCCCAGACACCCUAAAUAAGAAUGUCUUCUGCUCAGUGAGGGAAUUAUCGUCCUUACGGCACAAAGUCGACUUGAUAAGAAAGAGAAUCUGCCCUUCUCUUUCCUGAAGAAUCGUUUUCUUGACUUCUGCAGACAAAUUGUCCGCUUCUCAUUUCUCAGGAACUGAAACAAAAACUAGAGAAAAAGUCUCUAUUCGUCCAGCGAAUAUGAAACUGAAGACCCAGCGUUUCUUCUAAAAACAGAAACGUGUCCUUGCCUCCUUACUUGCGGAAUGAAUCGCAUGGAAUGACAAAGAGUUGAGGAUGAAAGAGAGUUUUGUGGAAACAGGGCUGAGCCACAGGGGGUCCUGGGGUGUCUGUGGACUGCGGUCAAGUGGUCCGUUAUCCGCGGAACCUCGGUCACGUCAGCCGCACAGCCUGUGCCGGCACUUGAAAUGUAAUGCUCGUCUAUUCGUGGUGCUACGGUACGGGUGCUUGGAUAGCCCAAAAAGCCCGGAAAUAGACCUGUAUAAUUUGCCCAAUUUGAUAUAACAAGUCAAAAACAACGUCAUUUUGUACAUUAUAUGAAAUACAACAAUAAUAAAAUCUGAUAUUACACUGCUGUACAGUUUUUGAGAGGGGGCAUAUAAAAAGAGACAAAAAACAUAACAAAUACUGUAUGUGGAUUCAAUUGUUGCACAAACAGCAUUUCAAGUCAUUGUUUUUUAUUUUUAAAAGCAGGGAUUUUUCCAUCUGCAGGCUAUCGGCAUGGAACCAUCUGUUACAGCUGUCACACUGAAUCUGAAAAAAUAAAAAUUGAAACAAGUUAGUUUUAGAAAGACAGACUUCAAACAGGAAUUCACCCCAAAAGCAAACUUUAUUUAAUUUUGAAAUUGUUUUCGUCAUUUAAUCAAAUGGGACAUUGUUAUUGUCAUGGUCACAGCUCGUACAAUCCAUUAACAAAUGCACAAAUACAAUUAAUUACAACAACACCUUACCCAUUCAGUGAUAGCAGGUCCUGGAGUGGGUGGCUUUGUGGCAGAACGCAUGGCACAGAUGUCAAAAACUAAUUUAGAAAUAAAGUAACAUUUUAGAUCUUUAGUAGUACAAUAUCACAGUAUAAAUAAAUAUGAAGAAAAGCUGUCACACACCUGAUGCUUCAAGUAUUUUAAGUGCCAUGUGUCGACGUUCCUGCACCAUCUCUUUUCUUGUUGUCCCAAAGGCCAUGUUAGGUGUUCCAAUAUGAAUUAAAAUAGAAUAUUUAGGUAGAUAACAAAAAAAAACAGCUGGUAGGAGCAGAAGGAACAUCCUCGUCUUGGCUGUUUUCUCAGAUGUUUUUCCUGGAUAUCAGUUCUGUUUGUAUGUGUUGGAAUUUAACAAAUUAGCCCAUUAGUAACAUUUUUACAUUUACUUAAUGUUGUCUCGUGAAAAUUGUAAAAAUUGUAACAGUUUCACUUGAUCAUGCAAUAAAACCCGCAUUUAAAAAAACAUUCUUAGGGUAAUACAUUUACCAUUUUGUAAAAAAGAUUGUUGUAACACAAACAUCAAAGGGUACACACUCAUACCUACAUACAGACACACACACAAAACACAAACACAGCUCUAUCUUUAUGCAAUCAUGAUUAGGCUCAAUUGUACUGCAUAGAAAGACAGACAAAAUGAUUGCAAUUGCUAUAAAGAUUUAUCUUUAAUUGUCAUGCUUAAGUGACUCAAUUCUUUUAAAUAAGCCAUCAGGUAAAAAGCAAGCACAGCAUAUAGCUUAACAAUAUAUUUUCAAACAUACAAACGAUUCAGUUCUAACUAACAAAAUCUACUCAUGAAGAAGCCAUAGUGGCAAGAACUUUACCAGCAUUCACACAGACAGCUAGCCACAGAUAGUCUAAGAAACACUUUUCUUCUAAAUGCUUAAGUACAUUGAACUACAAACACACUUGAAGCUGCUGUAACCAUAAACACAAGAGUUAAGGCUGUGUCUUUCAAAAAAUGUCCAGGAUUUUAAAUUGGCCACAGCCCAUAUUCCUAGGCAGUACCCAGGACAUCAUCCACUUGCUAUUUUCACUAAAUAGCUCCUUUAGUCUCUUUGCAAGACCACUUCCGUGUCCAACAGAUUUGUAGAGCCUCAUCAUACUAACGACACGGUCAAAGUCAUGGUCCAAGUAAAGCAUUGCCAUGUCUUUAUCAAGGCUUAACUGCACAAUAUAUGACAGCAAUUCUGUUGGCAGAAAAGUUUCUUGUAAUCUCUUAAGGAUGUGUAUUUAUAACCUGUCAUAUAGGAACAUUCUAAAAAUGAAUGUAAAUUGAGCUGAUUUUGCCUUUAAUUUUCUCAAACUGUACAGUAAUAUUUUAAGACAAUAUUCAUGUCCAUAGUGAGGGUCGUCAUUAACAACAAUCCAUUGAAAUAUUGACAUAACCUCUUAAGGAUUCAUUUUUAUAAAAUGUCAAAUAUAGGGAAAUGAUGAAUAUCAAAAUGUCACUCUGCCUUUAAUUUUCUCAAAAGUUGUACAGUAAAAUCAUAAUCCAGUCACCGUGAUGUUUCCUACAAAAUGUAUUUAUUAAUGCAGAUUAACAUGAAGACUGAAUGCUACCUAAAGAGACAAGACAUCACAUUCAUUGUUGUUAUUGUGUAUAAAAGCUCAGUAAGUUAUGGUUUUUGUUUUUCUGUUUGUUCAUCCAGACAUUAAACACCUGUUUCAACCUCACUGUGUGAAGCCCUCACUACCAGACAUCACCAUGGCAACAAAGAUUACUAAUGCCUCAUGGAAAUAUAAGGACAUCAUCUCAAAAAGUGAUGUGAUCCGUGAAGGAUCUCCUACCGUCUACCAGCUGAGAUCAAAGAAAGACAACAUUGGAACUCUGACAAGAAUGACUUUUGGUGAAAAAGAUCUGAGCAAGAUAAACAAAACCAUUUUACUUGUCGGUGAAACAGGAGCCGGAAAAUCUACUCUGAUCAACGCUCUGGUCAACUUCGCCAUGGGAGUGGAGUGGGCGGACGAUAUCUGGUUUCAGAUCGUAGAGGAAGAGAAGAAAAAACAAUCAGAGAGUCAGACGUCAGAUGUGAUCAUGUACAAGAUCUUUGGAUUUGAAGAUAAAACUCUGCCAUUCUCUCUGACCAUCAUCGAUACUCCAGGAUACGGAGACAUCGAAGGGACUGAAAGAGAUGUAAUAGUCGGUCAAAGAUUGUUGGACUUGUUCCGCUCAAAUGAUGGAGUGCAUGACAUCAACGCGGUGGGUCUGGUGAUGAAAGCAGGCGAGAAUCGACUGAAUGACCGACUGAGGUACAUCUUUAAUUCAGUGAUGUCUCUGUUUGGAAAAGACAUGGAGACGAACAUUGUCGCCCUCAUCACACACUCAGACGGUGUGACACCUGAAAAUGUUCUACAAGCCCUCGAGGAUGCAAACAUCAAAUGUGCCAGAGAUGAAGACAAUGAGCCUGUUCAUUUCAUGUUCAAUAACCGCCAGACCAAACUGAAAACAAAAAAAGAUAAGCUCGCUUUAAAAAGUGCAUGGGUCUUAACAAUGGACCAAAUGGGUCAAUUUGUUGAAUUCCUGAAGAAAGGUGAACCUCGGAACCUGAUAACAACGACUGAAGUGUUGAAUUUACACAUUCAAAUAACAGCCUGCGUCCAAAACCUGCAAGAGAGAAUCGAGUUGACUGAACUGAAAGAGAGAGAAAUCGAACAGACUGAGGAAGCUCUGAAGCAACAAGAACAAGAGAUGAAGAACAAUGAGAAGUUCACUGUAGAGGUUGAUGAGCCCUACAAAGAACAAGAAAAUGUCAGUGAGAGGAGAUGGUGGGGGUUAUGGAUGAAUUAUGGAGGAGCUGUCACCUGUAAUGUCUGCCAGGAGAACUGUCACUAUCCAUGCACACUGGCCUGGUAUGCAGUAAGCUGUGAGGUCAUGAAAGCUGGCCGCUGUACUUCAUGUAGCGGGAAGUGUCCUGUAUCAGAUCAUGUGAAAGAGAAAAAGGUCUAUGUUACCAAGACGAGGAGAGUUACAAAGACCGUAGAAGAAAUUAAACAGAAGUAUGAGAAGGGUAAAGCAGAUGGUAAGAAGUCCACAAGCCUUUUGGAAAAUCUAAAAAGAGAAAAGGAAGAACUUCAGAGAGGAAAAGAUCAGCUGUUUGAGGAGUCCUUUCAGCAUGUUGUCAAACUGGAGCAGAUCGCCCUGAAUGUUAACCCACUGUCCACUUAUGAGCAAGUGGACUUCCUGAUGGAGAAGAUGAAGGAGAGAGGAGACACAGAGAAGGUCCAGAAGCUGGAGGAGAUGAAACGUCGAAUGGACGAAGACAAAGGAACCAAAUCAGUGCUGCAAUACAUGCGUGGUAAACUAGCAGCAUUUGGCAGAGCAGUUAAAGAAUCAGUGAAGUAGAUGAACAGAAUCUAUGCGAGCAGACAGCUGAGUAGAAAACAUCUACACUGUUCAUAAGAUAUAUUUCAUUCUAGUUCCAUAAGUGUGAUGUUGAUUUAAUAACGUCAAAUGUAAUCAGCUUAAAUUACAGAUGUGUAAUCUGUGUAAACAUCACCCUCUGUGGUUUGUAAUAACUGUUCUUAUAGUUUCAUGUUUGAUUUUUAACAGUUACUUCACUAAAUAUCACAUACUAAAGUCAAAAUACAAAAAAUAUAUUUAUUUUUCUUUACUUUCUUUGUGUUAGUUUGAUGUUUUUAAGGUUUUUCUGACGUGAUUUUCAGUCAACACGAGGCUGUGAUGUAUUCCGAUGUUGACAGAAGUAAACUGGUGGUGGGAAAGUAACACUGAAAUAUAUAAUAUUGUAGGGGACGACCAAAUUCACGGGGCCCCUUUAAGGAAAGGGGCGUAACCCUGGUGACAGCGGGGGUUAAAGGGUGGCAGGAAGUGAAUGUGUAUGAUGUUUUGUAUGGAUGGAAAUAAACGGCCACAAGGUGCAGCCAAAGGGAAUACUCGCCUCCUCGUUUGUUUCCACGCUCCUACAUUGGUGACCCUGACUCUCCUGGACAUUCCCAGAAGAGAAGAUGACGACGCACGCAGUUUCUCUACCAGGUUGACUAGCAUGCUUGCAGUGGCUGAUGAGUUUCUGCGUGUGCUGGCCGAGUUCCCAGACCUCUCGCAGCCCACCUUCUCCUCCUCCACGGUCAAGCAUGGGGUGGAGCAUCACAUCUCUACCACCGGCCCACCGGUACAUGUCCGGGCCCGGCGCCUAGACCCGGCAAAGCUCACCAUUGCCAAGACCGAGUUUGAAAACAUAGAGCGCAAAUAAGAAAAUGAAUGUGUGUGAAUGUGCUUCAGUGUUUGUAACACAACAGACUGUCAGUUUACUGGGAUGGGG